UCGAAGUUUGAAGUUGCAUUCUCGCAAUAAUUUUGAGUGUUGCACAAUUUUCAAAAUAGUUACAACCAAGUAAAAAUGUCGCACAUACCAAUCAUUUUCCGAGAGUUUUUGAGACCGCUAAGAAUGAUGGAAUAUCAAAUGAAGCAAGCCGAAGAACUUUUUCGUCCUUCAUUAAGUUAUUUUAAUAUGCCAAGAGUUAGACUUGAAUAUCCAGAUGAAGUACACCAAGAAGAGGCUGUUAUAGAAGACAAAGAUAAGUUCCAAGUGAAACUUAAUGUUCAAGAUUUCAAACCUGAAAAUAUAGUAGUCAAGACGGUUGAUGGAAAUGUUAUUCAUAUCGAGGCUAAACACGAAAUAAAACACGAUAAUGACAAAGGUUUUGAGUUGAAGCAGUUGGUCAGAAGAUUCGUUUUACCAACAGGGCAUGAUAUCAAGAAUUCUUACUCGACUUUAUCCGCUGAUGGAGUCCUUACAAUAACUACUCCGAAGAUUGUUAAACCGGUGGAGGAGAAGACAAUUCCAAUUACGCAUGAAAAUAUUGAAGAUAAUAAAUAAAAAUAUUAAAAUAUAUGUAGUGUACCCUAUUUAUUGUAAAUUAAUUUUAAUAAAUAUUUUUAUUUAUAAA